AUGACUACGCCAGACAAGCGAGGACAGCAAAAAUUAGUGACAGCACCAUCGAUAACAAAAAGCGAUAGUCAGCUAAAUGUGAAUAAAGAUUCAACGGUACAACAAGAUAGUAGCAAUGUAACGUCAAAUCAACGACCUGGUUGUUUUCGAAAAUUACUGAUGAAAAUUAGUGAAAAGAUUGGUAGUACGGAAAAGACAGAAUAUAAGAAAUAUUUUCAAGAUAUGUGCAAAGAAAUGGACGAAUACAGAGUUAUAGUUGAAGAUAUAGCACAACAAUUAAUUUCAACUCUUCAACAAGAUCCACGUUAUGUGCCAAAACCGCCUGGUAAAAUGGAAGUUGAAGCUCCAUCACAAGAAGAUCCUUUUGAAUUAUUGGAAAUUGCGCUUAAAAUAACAAACGAUCAAAUGGAAUCAAAAAAAGAACUUGAACAAAUUCAAACUUCAGCACAUAAACUUGCGUCAUUACGACGCGAAUAUCAACGAAGAGGUCGCCGUGCAAUACAUGGAAUUCGAACAUUCAUUAAUGUUGAUUAUGAAAAUAUUCGAGAUGCAAGAAAUGCAUUGGAAAAAUUUCGUCAGGCGCUUGAUUUUGCAAGGUAUGAACUAAAAAGUGCUAAAACACCUGAGACAAUUCAAGUGAACAAUGCCCUUUACGCUGAUGCACUUAAGAACUUUCAGAAACAGUUGUAUAAUGUAUGA